AGCUAGAGAGCAAUAUAUGAGUAUAUUUGAGGCCAAAGUCAAACCAGAAAUCAAAUCUCAUAAGAAGAAUGUAUGUGACAAGGCCUCUGUCCCAGCUGCUCAAAUCACCAGAAACCGUAUCAGCAGCAGUCGAUGGUCCGAACAGCGGAUUCCUAGUCAUCCAAGACGAGGAAUCUUUAAGAUACUCCUUUUUCGGGCUGUUCAAAAAUCACAGCCUCAAACAGCUGCCUUUCCCUCAAGACAAGGAGCUCAUCGUUCAAUACACCACCACCACCAACACCAGCGACGACAUCGGCCAACCCACUCAAUCAUCUCACGAUCCAAUAUUCUUGAUCCCUGCCCUGAACCGCCCCUUGUCGUCCAAUCGCUACUACGCCAUUGUUCCCCAUGGAAAACGCAUAGGAGAAGCGUUGACCUGCUCAAGAGAAGCAGAUAAGGUGAGUUGCUGCUUCUGCCGCUGGGUCACUGACGUGAAGCCGAGGCCGUUGGAUCCGCGCAACGUGUAUCAGCAGGUCCAUAUUGCUCCAUACAACGCCUUUGGCAGCUCCAAGGGAGAGUUCGUGGCCAAGUCUGUUGUAUCGGAUGGUUUCCCUCCUGACUUCCUGCGGAGGAAGGGCUGGACCAUCGAAACCAAGACGCCAAACACCUUCACACUGGGUGAAGCACGAGGCCUUGAUGCCAGGCUCCGUGCUAGUCUGCUUGAGUUGGACUCAUCUAGAGUGGUUGGGAAAUGGUACACUCCCUUCGUGUUUGUCAAGGAUGGGUCGUUGAGGGAUCAAGUGAAGCAAUCCAUGUAUUAUGAGGUUAUACUGCUGCAGAGAUGGGAACCGAUUUUCAAGAUUUGCCGCGAUCGUAAUAAUAAUGGGAUUAAUUCAGUAGUGAUUGAUGCUACGGUUGAAAAGGAGGAGGUGUUUGUUGGUGGGAUCAGAAAAGCUGUGUGGAAUGGGAAAAGCGCGGUGGAUGGAGUGAUUUGGUUUAGGAGUGAAGACGGCGGAGGAGAAGGAGUGGGGUUGAGAGUAGAGUUGGUGGAGAGGAUGAAAUGGGAGGAGGAGAGAGGAGGUUGGAUGGGAGGGGAGGAGACACAAGUGAAGAUUCAUAAGGUGGAGGAAUUGGGAGGAGAAGAUGUUGAUUGGAAUGAGUUUGGAUGUUAUGUUUUGGUGGAGAGGUUCAAUGUGAGGAGAAUGGAUGGGAGUGUGCUCAUUUCUUGUGAUUUUAAACAUUCUCAUAAGCUGAACACUAAGUGGGCAUAGGUCACUUACUUCUUGGUCAUGGAUUUACAUGCUUGAUUAUACUUGUAUGUAGUAUAUGUAAUGUAAUUAAUGUGAGUCUAUAAAUUCAGUAUUUGUGUCAUCA